AUGCAGAUCUUCGUCAAGACCCUUACGGGCAAGACCAUCACCCUUGAGGUUGAGUCGUCGGACACCAUUGAGAACGUCAAGACCAAGAUCCAGGACAAGGAGGGCAUCCCGCCUGACCAGCAGCGUCUGAUCUUCGCUGGCAAGCAGCUCGAGGACGGCCGCACCCUCUCGGACUACAACAUCCAGAAGGAGUCGACCCUCCACCUCGUCCUCCGCCUUCGCGGUGGUAUGCAGAUCUUCGUCAAGACCCUCACCGGCAAGACCAUCACCCUUGAGGUCGAGUCGUCGGACACCAUCGAGAACGUCAAGACCAAGAUCCAGGACAAGGAGGGCAUCCCCCCUGACCAGCAGCGUCUGAUCUUCGCUGGCAAGCAGCUCGAGGACGGCCGCACCCUCUCGGACUACAACAUCCAGAAGGAGUCGACCCUCCACCUCGUCCUCCGCCUUCGCGGUGGUAUGCAGAUCUUCGUCAAGACCCUCACCGGCAAGACCAUCACCCUUGAGGUUGAGUCGUCGGACACCAUCGAGAACGUCAAGACCAAGAUCCAGGACAAGGAGGGCAUCCCGCCUGACCAGCAGCGUCUGAUCUUCGCUGGCAAGCAGCUCGAGGACGGCCGCACCCUCUCGGACUACAACAUCCAGAAGGAGUCGACCCUCCACCUUGUCCUCCGCCUCCGUGGCUGA